UUGACUGUAGACCCACAAGAUGAAAAUAAAAUUGGAAUUGAUGGAAUUCAAAAGUUUUGUGAUGAUUUAAGCCUAGAUCCUGCCAGCAUCACCGUUUUGGGUAUAGCGUGGAAAUUCAGAGCCGCGACUCUAUGUGAAUUUAAAAAAGAAUUUGUAGAUGGCAUGACAGAGCUUGGCCCAAACUUAGAAAUGGCCGUCACCUGUUGAAAGUUGGUAUUAGCCGGAAGGCUUACGUUUUUAGAUCUCUGGAACAUCUUUCUGUUGCAUCGCAAAAGAUCAAUCCCAAGGAACACUUGGAACCUUCUGCUAGAUUUUGGAAAUAUGAUUGCAGAUGACAUGUCCAGCUACGACAAAGAAGGAGCACGGCCUGUUCUUAUAGAUGAUUUCGUAGAAUUUGCGCAGCCAGCGGUCACAGGUGGUAAAGGCAGCCCUCUCUAGGCGGAAAACGGAGCUGGAUUAAGAUGAAAAGGGACUGUCCUGCAGGAGACACUGGCCAGCUAUGCCUGUUGCCCAUUUUGGAAGUCAUCCUGACCAGUCGUGAGACUGGAGACCCUCUCCUGCCGCUUAGAGAAGACACCGCUGACUGUGGACGCCGCAUGGAGACCCUCUGAGCUCGCUGCUGCGGCGCCCAGAGACACGGCCCUGGCUGUUGCUGCGAGAGACCUCUGCAAGAUUUCCGCGUUUACGGAGGAGCUGGGGCCCGUCUGCAGGCUGCGGGGUCGCUGUUGAUCACGACCCAAAGCGAGGCUGCGCUCACCGCACUCGCUGAAUUGUCCGUAACCACCCCUGAGAAACAGUACACGUCAGGCUGCUGGAAACGUGCCCUGUAGAGGACGAUUGUCGUGCAUGCUGACGGUUUUAAACUUGGUGCCAGGGUUAAGAUUUAUAUUUUUUGAAUCAUCAAGUGUCUAGAUUUAUCAGCUCUAUUUUCAUUUCGCUUUUCUCUGGAUGUUCAUCUGGGAAUCAUUUUACAGGUUAACGUGCCAUUGCAGUUUGCACGGCGAUGGUGUCGUGAUUCCAGAAAAGUGUUCUUUUAAAUUGCCUGCAAGUCAGUGGGUCUGCUUUGCUUCUCAUAAUGUCAGCUGAACUUCCUAAGAAGCUUCAUAAAGU